GAAAAUACCUCAAGCUUAUAAUUCAUGGGGUUCCUCAAAAGGAAGCCAUUAAGCUGAGCUUAAUGCCCUGGCCCGAUAUAAUCAAAAAGUAUCCCUCAAUGAUUGAAUUAACCCCCGAAAAACGAAAAAACAAGUUAGCACUGCACAUACCUGCUAACGAAAUUCCUAAACUGACUAGCGACACUGAAAACACACAAGAUUCCAAGGAAGAUGGUCAGGGACCUGCUGAGAUAUAUAUGGUACCGGUCUCUGCAAUCAGUGGACAGAAAUCUCUUGGCUCACAGAAUACACCUCCUUUACGUGUCGGAAUUCGAAACAAGGAACCUAUGAGCCCAGAGCAAAUGAAAAUGGUCCACCGUCAUCUACUCAUAGCUAUAACUAAGCAGUUCACAGGCGGUGGACCAGAGUUCCUGAGCUUCACACAUAAGCGAGGCUGGAUCCAAAUUACAUGCGUUGACCAGCGUAGUAAAGAUUGGCUUGUGGAAGAAGUACAAUCUCUAGAGCCCUGGCCCGGCGUGCUACUUUCUAUUGUACCAGAAGAGCAAUUACCUAAUCCACCGAAAGUUGUCACUAUGAUCCCAGAAUCAGAGGCAGGCUCGGUUCAAGAGGCCUUAGAUCUACUCAGAGCACAGAACAAAGGUCUCAACACUGGACACUGGCAGGUACUUCAUGAGAGAGUGGAAAAGGAUAAAAGCAGGACAGUAACCUUCAUAAUUGAUGAGAAAUCAUUUGAGACCCUGAAAGACCAGAAUUUUCAAGCGGCCCUUGGCUUUAAGAUCGUAACUUUUAGAAUCAAGGACGGUGGAUCGCAACUUCUUCGUCGACCUGCUACUAAAGACGAGGAUCCUGUUACUCCUGAUAGCAGUACUAAACUUGAAAACUCUGAAGAUCUGGGCCUGACUUAUGUCACAAAUAGUAUGGAAACCGAUCGGGAUAAGCACUCUUCCACACAAGCUAAAGGGAAUGACAAAAGCGGUAUAGUAGACUUAACUGUUGAUCAAGAUGGAUUUGCUGCUUUAGCCGCUGCAGAAAAAGUAACAUCUCAAGCUAAUUAUGGGUUUGGAGCAAGGUUUAUCCAGAAUAAAGGAGUAAUAGACUUAACAGAAAAUAAAGAUGAAGUAUCUGGUAAGAACAGAUCAAGAGCUCAGACUUCCCAACCAAAAUUUGGAAGUAGGCCAACUAUUCAGAACUCUUUAAGACCAGGUGAUGUGAGACUUGGACAAGGCAGUAAGGAAGUAAAUCAAACUCCGGUCAGGGGCUCCCAAUCUUCCCAGGGCAAAAAUGGAGUACAUUUGACUGAAAACCGGGAUAGAACUCCAAGGCCUGAAGAGGGUGGGUAUAGCUCCUGGAUUAUCCAGGAUCCUGAAAGUUUUACAGCAGGAAUAGUCCCUGGACUAAGCUUUUUAAACACAGGAGGACCACCUACAGAUUAUGAACCCCGGAAUAUUCAAGACCCAACUAGAACUUCAACUGGUCAAGACAGUUCUGAUAGGAGAUUGUCGCCUUCAAAGGAUGACCGUUUACCUAAAAGUUAUAGAUUGCCUGUCAAGCGUAGUAGAAAGGAUAGAGGAACUGAUAGAGAUAGACCUCCAAGAUUAAAUAGACCAUCACCCCAAAGACGGAAUAGUCAGGACUCGCAAAGGUAUGAUAGGCCUGCGUAUAGUCAGGAUAGUGGCAGGGGAGAUACAGUAAAGAGUUGGGAAAACUCAACCAGGGGACAUCCAAGAUUAAUGUUGUGGGAACUGGUGCAAAAGUCAAGAGAGCGACCAAAGGGUCUGAAUUUUGACUGCGUUGAUUUUAAGUCUACUAAGGAAUAUUAA